CUGAAGAACCAACCAGUGUCCUGAGUCUGCCAGUUAUAAAGCCUGCACAGACUCAAACCUGCUCAGCAAAUUUGUAGUUGGGCAGAUGGCAGCAGGGAAUGCUGCUCCUGCUGCUGGCGGCCGCCCUGGCCCCGACCCUGACCCGCGCGGGCUCGCACUCGCUGCGGUAUUUCACCACCGCGGUGUCCCGGCCCGGCCUCGGGGAGCCCCGGUACGUGGAAGUCGGCUAUGUGGACGACACACAGUUCGUGCGCUUCGACUGUAUCGCGGAGACUCCGAGAUAUGAGCCCCGCGCACCUUGGGUGGAGCAGGAGGGGCCCGAGUAUUGGGAGCUGGAGACAGAGAUAGCCAGGACUCAAGCACAGCUGUCUCAAAGGAACCUGAUGACCCUGCUUCACUAUCACAACCAGAGCCUGGACGACUCUCACACGCUGCAGUGGCUGCGAGGCUGCGAUGUGGGGCCAGAUGGGCGUCUGCUCCACUGGUACAACCAGUUGGCCUACGACGGCGAGGAAUACCUCAACCUGAGUGAGGACCUGCGUUCUGUAGCUCAGAUCUCUCAGCACAAGUCAGGAGCCCACCUGAAAAACAGCUGCGCGGAGCUGCUGCAGAAACACCUGGAAAAAGGGAAGGAGAGGCUGCUGUGCUCAGACCCUCCAAGAACACAUCUGACCCAUCACUCCAGACCUCAAGGUGACGUCACACUGAGGUGCUGGGCCCUGGGCUUCUACCCUGCUGACAUCUCCCUGACCUGGCAGUCGAAUGGGAGAAAACUGACUCAUAAAAUGGAGUUUGUGGAGACCAGACCUGCAGGGGAUGGAAGCUUCCAGAAGUGGGCAGCUGUUGUGGUACCUUCUGGGAAGGAGCAGAAAUACACAUGCCAUGUGCAACAUGAGGGGCUGCCUGAGCCCCUCACCCUGAGAUGGGAUCCUGCUCAGUACAGGAACCACGUCAUGCUAAUUGGUGCCCUUGCUUUCAUCAUCAUCAUCAUAGUUUUGGGGUUUUGCCUGUUGAGGAGGAAUGCAGGUGGCAGAGGAAGGAGAGACGCUCAGGAAGCCAACAGAGAGAUUCCCCAGGACUUAUUCGAAAUUGAGGCGGAUGAUGAGAGUGCCAUCAGCUACAUGGUGACCAUCUGCUUCGUGUGGAAAGUGCGAUGCUUGCAUUUGUCACCCACUUCCAUGAGUGUCUGGCAGCCAGUGACUGCUCAGGAGAGACUCAAAUUCAUCUUGAUGUAG